GGCUAUGGGAAGCUUUAACACCAGUUUAGGUAAAAGCUUCAUUUUGGUGGGCUUCUCAGACUGGCCUCUACUAGAACUCAUCUUCUUUAUUUAUAUUUUGAUUUUCUACUCCCUAACUCUCUUUGGCAACACUGCCAUCAUCGCUCUCUCCCGAAUGGACCUUCGACUGCACACCCCCAUGUACUACUUCCUUUCUCACCUCUCCUUCCUGGACCUCUGCUUCACCACCAGCACUGUGCCCCAGCUUCUCAUAAAUCUCCAUGGACAUGACAGGACCAUCAGCUAUGGAGGGUGUGUGGCCCAGCUGUUCAUAUCUCUUGCUCUGGGAUCCACAGAGAGUGUGCUCCUGGUGGUGAUGGCUUUUGACCGCUAUGCGGCUGUGUGUCGUCCACUGCACUAUACUACCAUCAUGCACCCCGUUCUCUGCCAGGCAUUGGCUAUUGCUUCCUGGGUAGGAGGCUUCUUGAACUCUUUGAUUCAAACAGGCCUCAUGAUGGCCAUGCCACUCUGUGGACAUCGACUGAAUCACUUCUUCUGUGAGAUGCCUGUGUUCCUCAAGUUGGCCUGCCAGGACACAGGAGGAACAGAGGCCAAGAUGUUUGUGGCCAGAGUGGUGAUUGUUGCAGUGCCUGCCAUGUUCAUUCUAGGCUCCUAUGCACAGAUUGCUAGGGCAGUGCUGAAAGUCAAGUCAGUGGCUGCACGCAGAAAGGCUGCUGGGACUUGUGGCUCCCACCUCCUGGUGGUAUCUCUGUUCUAUGGUUCAGCUACCUACACAUACUUACAACCCAAGGACAGCUAUUCUGAGAGCAAGGGGAAGUUUGUGGCCCUUUUUUAUACUAUCAUCACCCCCAUGCUCAACCCUCUGAUCUAUACCCUGAGGAACAAGGAUAUGAAAGGAGCUCUGUGGAAGGUACUAGGAAGAGCUACAGCCACAGGGUAAGAGGGAAAUGCUGAUCAGUAAAAACAUUUCAUAUUCUGAGUAGUUCCAUGGG